GAAAGAAGUUUACUGCAGUCAGGGUGAAGAACAGAUUGAAUUAAAACAGGAGACUGAUACCUGCAUGGUGGUUCCUGUUGAUGAGCAAACAGACCACACUGAAUCAGAACCAAACAGGAACCAAGACAUCUUCCAGGAAACUGCUGAAGCUGAGAACCAAAAUCAGGAAAGAAGAAAACCUUUCUCAUGUGACAUCUGUAAAAAGCGUUUGGCUUUCAAAACUGUUUUUGAUGCUCAUAUGAGAACUCAUACGGGUGAAAAGCUGUUUUCAUGUGUGAAUUGUGGGAAAAGUUUUAUUCGAAAACAGCAGUUAACUCAGCACAUGGUGAUUCACACUGGUGAAAAGCCGUUUACAUGUAGGUACUGUGGAAAAAGUUUUAUUCGAAAACAGGAUUUAUCUCGGCACAUGAUGAUUCACACUGGUGAAAAGGUGAUUCACACUGGUGAAAAGCCGUUUUCAUGUGGGAACUGUGGAAAAAGUUUUAUUCAAAAACAGCAGUUAACUCAGCACAUGGUGAUUCACACUGGUGAAAAGCCGUUUUCAUGUGUGAACUGUGGAAAAGGUUUUAGUGGAAAACAGAAUUUAUCUAUUCACAUGAGGACUCACACUGGUAAAAAGCCCUUUUCAUGUGGAAACUGUGGAAAGGUUUUUUUUUACAAAGUUAGUUUAAAUCGGCACAUGAUGACUCACAGAGGCGACAAGCCGUAGCAGUGUUUUACAUGUGUGUCCUAUGUUGAGGUUCACUAUUAAAUUGAUUUGGUUAAAAACUAGAAUUAAAGACUGGAGAGAUUUCAUGUCUAUAAAACAUCUUGACAUUAGGAUACGUAGAGAUGUGAAGCAAUUUCCUUGAGAGAUGCUUUGUUUUUUUUCUGGCAUAUUCUGUAGCAACAAUAAUGACAAACUGUAUUGUUGUUAUAUACACCAUUCAAUAAAAUGACAUGGAUUAUAACAAAA